AUGGGAGCUUCCAGCCAAUCGCACACCCCAGCUUCACCAGUUCGGAGCGGCAACAAAGGCUUGGCUUCUGAUAAGGGCCCUAGGCGCCACGGCUUCUGUGGCAGAUGGCGUUCUCUGGGGGCGCUCACGCUGCUGUUGCAGCUGCUACAGCAGGAUGCGAGUGGCAUUGUGUGCGAGAUCGACGCCAAGGACGGCUUAGACGCGGCCAUAGCCUCAGCGGCAGCCGUAGCCUCAGACAAGCAGCAACUGAUGCACAUGCUGCCUCUGUGCCGCGUCCCCUACCUCGUCAACUCUCAGCUCCCUCCCAAGGAUGUUCCUCACGUCGGGAUGGAAAAAGGAGGCACGGUCACUAUAGACCUGCGCCUACUCCCCUCCAAUUACAAGAACAACUUGCCUUCUAGGGCCCCCCGCUACCCGAAAGCAUUUCCGAAGGCGCCCCCUCAGCAUGGCGAGACGCCCUCGAGGGGCAGCUACGAGGCCUUUCAGCUGCAGCAGCAAGAACUGUCUCACCGACAGGCCCACUUGCGCUACGCCGAAGAACUGAGCAGCGGCACCCCACCUAAUGGGGGCUCCAUGAAGCCUCCGCCUACGACUAUGCUGCUGCACACCGGAGCGGACGAGGGGCCCCUGGCAGCACUGUCGUCAACUUUCCCUCUGUUGGCGCAUGCGGGGCGACGCCUGUCCCACAUUUUGACCUCAGCGCAAGAGGAGGCGGCGCUCCAGCAGCCUCCCGAGGAGCAGCAGAAGUCUCUUUUGAGCAGUCUGUCGGGUGUCUCAACAGCUGCAAAGAUUGCGCUCGAGGGCCUCUUGGGAGCGUCUGCAAGGGGCUUUGGGGCUAGGGGGCCUCCUUUGCUGCUGUCGUCGCUUUCGAGUUCUGCCAGCACCCCGCAUGCCGCUUCUGUCACCACCUCUGCUGCUGCUCCCGAUGCUGAGCCGAGCGCUGCUGUCUCCUCAAGAACGGCCGCCGAUGUGGCGAAGCUGUCUGAGGGAGCUCCAGCCGCAGCAGCAGCCGCAAAAGCAGCGGCAGCAGCAGAGGCAGCGGCUGACGUCUUCAGAGUGCCCACGACUCGCAUGACACGAAGGCGAGACUGCAGCCGACAGCUGCGAAAAGGACUUGUUGGCUGCCCAGAGUGGGAGCGGGAACGGCCCUCUGCUGUCCGUCAGCUCGCCAAGGUGGACGCAGAGGAAGCCCUGCAGGAGGACUUGGUGCACUCUGUCAACAAUACCUCUCUGUUGCUCCUAGACCACGCUCAGCUUUACUUUCUGGAAACUCAUGAGUCGUGGCUGCCUUCGUUCACUGCCGAGGACGGGCUCGUCCUGAACAGCUACAUGCCCUCCAUGAUGCAACUACCUUUCACGGGCCCUAGUCUACAGGCCACAAUCACCAUCCCUCGCAAGGACCGCUACGCCCUAGUUUUGCUGAAUGCCGAUGGCUUGGAUCUCAAGCUCUAUGGAACCGUGUCUUUUUACGGCCCAACACAGCACCACCUCUCUCUUGAGCAGAAAUAUUUGCCGGAAACGGUUGCAGGUCUCAUGGUGCUCAACCUGAUCGCAGCGUGCACCUUGGGGGUCGUCCAGCUUACCAAAUGGAGAGGACAGAAUCUGUUUGUUACUAUGUUGUUUAUGGUCAACUUCUCGCUCGCGGCUCUGGCCUUUGGCCUUGAUUGGAAACAAGCAGCCAUCGUAGAGGCCACUGGACGCCGCCCGGCAGCUCUCUGGGUUGCCUCUCGUCUGAUGCGGAAGUUGCAGGAUGUUUCGCAGCUGCUGGUGUUUAUAUUCAUUUCGUUGGGAUUUCGCAUUGUGCGGCAGCGGCUUUCUCGACUCGAGAUUCAGUUUAUCGCAGGCCUCGCCGUUAUCUCGCUGUACCUGGGUGUCUUUGAGGUGCUCCUCGGAGGCUUUCAGGAGACUCGGUACAUCUUUCAUGCUGCAGGCUACGUGCGAGUCCUUAUUGCGGUGCAUUCAAACAUCGUCGUGCUGCAUAACCAGAUAGCAGACUCAAGCCUAACUCCUGCCGUGGCCAGCCUGUACCCCAAAUUGGCAGCAUAUCAGCGGUUCCGGUGGAUCUUCUUUGCGUUUUUGCUAAAGCCCGUCUUCUCUGUGUUCUUCAAAGUCACCUUCCUCGGCCCAAUCUACGAGCAGCUUCUCUCCUGGGACGAAUGGAUUUUCGUUAUCUUCGAGAACGGCACGGACCUUCUAGUACUCGCAGCGGUGAGCGCUCAUGGACUGGGGAAAGGGAAGCGGGGAGGUGUUCUCUGUUUAGCAGCCUACCCAUCGGCACGCACCAGCCAAGAGGCAGCGUGGGAUUGUUGGGCAGGAAGCGUCACCCAGGAGGCUUUAGCAGUGCAAGGCGAUGCGAAUGUGCACGAGAGGGCGCCUCAACGAUUAGAGGAACAUGCAGAGGCGCAAGCAGGUGUUUUUAUACCUUCAGAGGAUGUACGCAGAGAGCAUUUGUCUAUCGUAGUAUCGGUCUUGCAGUUGAGUAGAACGCUCACAGGGGAACUGUUACAACAAACAGGGCAAAAGCACUAUGAUGCCCCUCGCCGAUCUCAUCCCUUCAAACAACUCGUAAAUGUAGGAUUUGGGUUUAGUGUAGCGGGUGAGGGAGACUGGUGA